GGCCAUUGGCAACAGUAAGAGCAGGAUACAUCUGAAAACUUAAGUCUUAAGGAGAGAGCUUAACUGAACCCAUCAUGGGGGAGACUAAGCUCUGCCUUUUGUUACUGCUAUGCGCCAUAGUCUUGACAAAUGCUCAAGAUGAGGAUGCACCAUGCCUUUUGGCCAAAAGGUACAAGAGCUUUCACAAGUAUGAAUACAAUUACGAAACGGAGUCCCUAAAUGCCCUGAAUGGAGCAAUAAAUGGCCCCAAGGCCAGCUGCAAGGUUACAAUUGAGGUCCCAGGCACAUGCAAUUACAUUAUGCGCACAACUGGCUGCACAUUGAGUGAGGUGAUCGAUGUUGAUGGAGAAGGAAAGCCUGUCUUUCGACCAUCUGCUGGUGCAGAUGCUUUCAGGGCUGCCAUGGAGAAGAACCCACUCAAGUUCACCGUUGAUGAAGAGAAUGACAUCAAGUUGUUCCCUGAAGACGAUGAACCAAUCAACAUCCUGAACAUCAAGAGAGGUCUGAUCUCUGCCCUUGCUGUGCCUGUACUUGAAGAAGAACAAAAUAACAAAAUGCCCACCAUCUAUGGCUUGUGCCAGACUGGCUACACUGUGAACACCAGAGAAGAUAUUGCCACUGAUGUGACUCUUAACAGAGACUUAUCCAAAUGUGACAAUUUUAGGCCGAUCAAGGACCACACCAGCCCUCUGGCCCUUAUCACAGAUAUGCACUAUCCACUUGCUCACCUGAUCAAAAGCAGCCAAACUUGCAACUAUAAGUUUGAUAAUGCACAGAAGCACAUGACCUCUGGUGCUUGUACAGAAAACCACAUUCUUGUGCCUUUUUCUUACAAGGGACAGUAUGGAGUUACUAAUGUUGGAAAACAAGCUUUGACUCUGGUGGGAGUGGCUACAUACAAUGACAAAAUCUUUGAUCACAAUGUUGCCAACAUGAGGACCCUGCAUCUCGAUGACAGUGUUGACACAGUUCAUCCGAUUGAAGAUAAGGAAAACAUGCUGACUGUUCUAAGAGAACUCAGUGGUCUUUCCGGAACCAACAACGGACACAAAAGAGCCCACCUGGCUCACAAACUAGUGUCAAUAAUUCGCAAAAUGAACGUUGAGGGCCUGACUGCCGGCCUUCCAGAAGCCCUGGAGAUUUCUCGCCCACUGAUGUACCAGGUGCUGUUUCAGUGUGGAACACCAGAAUGCAGCAGUGCCAUCAUGCAGGUCCUCAGGACCUUUGACAGAUCCUCAAUUGAGAUUGACGCUGCUGUGUAUGCCAUGGGAAUGAUACCUGAGCCUUCGGGAGUCCUUGUCAAGGAAAUGCUGGAGAUGGCCAAAUUCAAGGAUAGCAAGCCCAUCUAUUAUGCUCUCAGUAAUGCCGUAAGAAGGCUCUAUGAAGCUGAAGGAAAGGUGACCACUGAGAUUCAAGCGGUGGCUGAUUUUGCCCUUCAAAAGAUUGGUGACUGCACAGGGGACCAGGAACAACUAUACCUGUCACUGAGGGUUAUUGGAAAUAUGGCUGCUGCUGUUGGAGCUGCAAAUCCAGCUCUAAAAUCGGCCAUUAUACAAUGUGUAAACCAACCAUCUGCAUCCCCUGAGGUCCAGCAAGCCGCUAUUCAACUAUUUAGAGAGACUUCAAUCCCUGAAGAGGGAAGAAAAGUGCUCAUGCAGGCUCUUUUGGAUGAAGCUGCUCCGAUGCAGAAGCGAGUUGCUGCCUAUUUAAUUUUGAUGCAGGACCCUGAGCCUUCUGAACUGACUGAGCUGAUUGCUGCUCUGCCUAACAAUGGAAACGUUCAGGUCAUGAGCUUUGUUCACUCACAUCUGAACAACAUCCUAAGCUCCAAAGCACCAGAGAGCGCAGAACUCAGAGAGAAGAUUCUCAACGCCCUUCUCGGCAAUGAGAUUGAAGCAGUCAUGGAUCCAACCAAGUACUCUCGAAAUUACAAGAUUGGCUCCCUGGAAGGAAAUGUAAUCUUUGAGCCUGAAAACCUUCUGCCUAAUGAAGUCGUCCUGGACAUGACCCUAAGUGCUUUUGGAAAUGACGUAGACAUGUUUGAGAUUGGUUUGAAUGGCAAAGGACUUGAACCCACCGUUGAUGCCUUGAUUGGCAUUGAUGGAUUCUUCCGUGACACCAUGCAGAAGACCAUCAACUAUGCUGCCGACAAAAUGCCCAAAGGCAAUGAAAUUCUAGAGAGCAUGUUCCCAAACCUAUGGAAUAAUAUCAAGAUGGAACAGGCCCCUAAGAACAUCGUCAAAGAAAUAACUAGCAAUGUAAACAAGCUUAUCCAGAAAUUAAAGGCUCAGGAAAACCCAGAAGCUAUGAUCUACCUGAGACUCUUGGGUGUUGAACUUGGCUACCUGAAAACCAAGGAUGUAGAAGACAUGGCCUACUCUGCAAAAUUGUUGACCAAUAGCCUCGUAAAGAUGUUCCCCACUGAUUUUAUCAGGAGUCUGUUUUCGAGUGUCAACAAGAAUGAACUCUUCCUUCACUACGUCUUCAUGGACAAUGAGUUCUAUCUACCAACCGGCUCUGGAGUUCCACUGAGAAUUGCUUUGUCUGGUACUUUUGCUCCAGGUGUAACGGGAGGACUUAAAUUUGGCCGUGACAUGAGCGAGAUCGCCUUCAUGCCAUCUGCUGGAAUUGAGUUUGUGACUGAACUUGGAGCUCUCUUACCUGAAUACGUUCAAUCUGGUCUGGAGAUGCACACCAACAUUUACCAUGAGAGUGGUCUGAGAGCAAAGGUUGCCGUGACCAACAAGCAGGUCAAGCUGACCAUUCCUACACCCAAAGAUCCUACUAAGAUCUUCACUGUGACCAACUCUUUGGUGUCAGUGAGCGGGACUGAAACAAAGACCAUCCCUCCCAUCAAUGAACUAGUCGAAAUGCAAGAAUGUGCUCCUUUCUUCCCUGGUGUGAAGCAAUGCAUUGCUCUGCAAUAUUCAAAUGCCUAUUCAAGCGAUGCGUCUCCCUACUUCCCAUUGACUGGUGAUAGCAGAUUUUCUAUCGAGCUCCACCCCACUGGUGAAGUUUCCGAGUACACGGCUACCCUCGAUUAUGCAUCUGCGGAUGAGAUUGACAAAGUGACUUUUGUUGUCAAGGCAGAAGGUACAUCCUUCGAGGGCAAAGCCGAAGUGAUGUUCGACAGACAGAAAUACAGCGUCUCUGCUGAUUUCCAAAUUCCUGAUUGUGACCUGGAUGCUGGAUUCAGAAUUGGUGCUGUUGACCCCAGCAAGGCCACCCAGAUGUACACACAUUCCAUCCAGAUUGACUUCAUCAACAAGAACAUACCCCAAGCAUCACUUAUUAACCUUGCUAGGAUGGAGACGAUGGAAGAUGCCAUGCUGCAGGUUCAGCUGCUAGUCCCUUAUCUUCAGACUGACGCUAAAGCAACUGUAAGCUUUAACACUGCCAAUAGCCUAACACUAGAACUGGAGAGUGACCUUAAGAUUCCCGAGACGUCCUCUGUGCAGAAAGUCACUCUAAAAUAUGAUGCUGAGAAGAUUGAGGUUGAGGUGACAUCUGACUUCAACUCUGAUAUUAAGAACAUCAUUCCAAUUGAUGCCAUCAAAGCUGUGGUCAGUGAUGUUCUUAACCAGAAGGUUGGCCAGUCUGAAAUGACCAUUGGUGAUGUCUUGACCAAGUCAGUUGAGGGUUCGAAUGCGUACCUGGAACAAUAUGCCGCUGACAUCCCAUUUGUGCAGGAUUUUAGGAUUCCUGCCGUCUCAGAAAUCACUUUUCCAGAAAGACUGUUCCUGAAUACUGAGGGUUCUGCCAGAUACAAGUUCAGCCAGCAUUAUUACACCAUCACCAUCCCCAUUCCUUUUGGUGGUAAAUCUUCCGGAGAUUUGAACAUCCCUGCCACCCUCACCACACCAGACUUUGAAGCACCUCGGCUUGGCCUACACGUUGCUUCCAUAAACUUUGCUCUUCCAGAUUUCUCUGUUCCCAAGGAGCUGACUGUGACGGUGCCUAGUUUCGGAAUGGCAGAGGUCUCCAGCAAACUGAACAGCAAUCUUUACAACAUGGAGGCUUCUGUUUCUGCAGGCAGGGAACCUGUCGACACUCCAACCUAUUCUGCCAAGUUUGAUGUAACUGGAAACAGCCCAGUGGAUAUCCUGUCUCUAAAAGUUAAAGGGUCUGCAUCAUUGAGUGACCCAGAUGGUGAAUCUAUCAAGGUUGAGGUGAACACUGCUGUCAAUCACAGGCUUAUUGAUGCCAGUGCUAAUUUCGUUGGGGAUGUGAAACCCGCUGAGAAAAUCUCUGUAAAAUCAAGUGGCAAGAUUGAGGCAAGCAGCCCCUUGGGUAUGAAGGUUUCCCUGGAACAAACAAGCCAGGUUGGACUCAAUAUCUGGGAGAUCUCUGGAGAUGGAAACCUUGUUGGAUCUAUCAGCGGUCCUCUGUAUGUUGAUUCAACUCUUAAGCAAUCACUUGUUCUAGCCCCAUUCGAGCCAAAGGGAAAAAUGGAUUCCUCUCUAGAGAUGGACUCAAAUCUUUUCCGGGUCAAAAAUACCAUUGAUGCGGCCAUUACCGAUGAAGAGUUUGCUGUAGUAUCAAAAACAACUGCAUUUGAAGAUGAUCUGACACACACUGUUGAAGUCACUUUUAAAGACUUUUUGCUUGCUUUAAAGUCAAAUACAAAGGCUUUCGACCUGAACAUUCAAAACAAAGCUGAGGUUGGCGCUGUUUCUGAUGGGGUUACCUUUAAGAUUGAGGCUGCUGCUGAAAGGCAUGGAGAUCUUAUCGACUCCAGUUUUACAGCAACUCUGGAUGACAAUGGGCUGGCUGUAAACAGCAUUGCCUCUGCAAGCCUGGCUGAAAACAAAGCUUCCCACGAAUGUAGCCUGUCGCUGACCAAGGAUGGCUUUGUGACGAAUGGCAAAACCUUACUGCAGAGCCCUUUGACAUUUGAGAACAAUUUCAAUGCUGCCAUUGACGUUUCAAAGCUUUCCCUGACUACUGUGACAAAGGGUGGGUUUUCUGAGAUGAUGGUUCAAAAUACAAAUUCACUGUCUGCAUCUCUGUCCUCUGUAGCUUUCAUCUCCAAAGCAGAAGCCAAUGUUGCACAUGGAACAUCAUAUAUGCAUGACAUCUCCAUUCAGAUGGAGCCAAAUAAGGCUUUAAUGAACAUCAACAAUAACCUGACAGUUCUGCACGUCAGUUUGAUGAGUGAGGCCCAGCUAAAGGCACAUCCAUAUGAGGCUGACCUGAUUGGCAGUAUGAAGCUUGCCUAUGGAGAGGAGGAACUGAAGAACACAUUUCAGAUCAAAUACGCAGAUUUGGUUACCACUGCAAAGUGCAGUACUGCCGGAAAACUGUUGGGGUCUCACAUGAACCACGACACAGAAAUAGAGAUUUCUGGACUUUCAGUCACAGUCACGGAUGCUGCCCGUUUUAACUCUCAGCCCCUACGCUUUGACAGUAAUAUUCAUGUCACUGCUAUUCCAUUCAGCUUUAACGUUGAUGCCAUAACUAAUGCUGAUGGUGACAUGAAUUUGUAUGGUAAACAUAGUGCCCAGGUUUACUCCAAGUUUCUCCUUAAGGCAGAGCCACUUGCGUUUGCACACUCUCAUGAAUAUAGAGUCUCAAUGACUCAAAAUUUGGACAAUGAUGUAUCAGUAGAAACCAACAUUGGGAACAAGAUUGACACUCUGCUGACACCUUCAGAGCAAAAGGCUACAAUGAAAGUCAGUUCUAAGGUAAACAGUCAUGUGCUGACACAAGAUAUGAGUGUUUACAACAUCCCUGAAAGGCUUGGACUAGAAAUGAAUGGAUCCUUUAUCACUAACCUCUUCAAUAGAGUUGACUCUGAAAACCAAGAACUCUCUCUCUCAGCUUUCCUUAAAUAUGAUAAAAACACAAACAGCCACAUCAUACACCUGCCAAUAUUGGAAAACAUUCCUGUAAUCGUGGAAAAAAUUAAAUAUACAGUAAUUAAUGUUGCGGAGGCUAUGCAAGAUUACAUCCACGGACUAAAAUUUCAGAACAUUCCAGCUUACUUAGGUGAUUUAAUGAAUGAAUUAAAACUGGAGGAAAUACUCGUCCAAAUCAGACAGAUCUCGAUGGAGGACCUGGAGGCUUCUCUGGAGAAUCUAAGGGGUCUUGCAGUGAAACUAAUCCAUGAUCUGGGCACACGUGUGAACGAGAUUGCAAAAAUGACUAAAGAGAUGAUUGUGAGCAGUGAACUGUCUGGCACAGUGGUACAGACACUAACAGAGACAUUGAAUGCACUCAAUGAAAAAUAUGAUGUUAAAGCCAUGGUUCUUGCAGUCAUUGAGGCCAUUGAAGAUGUAAUUCAGAAGACUGACAUGAUGCAACUGAAGGAUGGCUACUUUGCCUUCUUGCAUGAUCUUGAUGAGCAGUAUGCUAUCAAAUCCAAACUGGAGAAGAUUGUGAACGAAGUGAAGCAGGUGGUUGUACAUUUUGACCACAUGAAGUUUAUUGAGUAUGUGAAGAACUUUGUUAACUCUGUAUACAGAGAUCUGGUAGAACAAAUCAGCACUGAGGAAAUCAGCAAGAUUAUUGAAACAGCAAAACAUUUACUAAUUGCUGCCUACCAUGAUGUGCAAGAAAUUUUGGUGAAAUAUGAGGUCGACAAGGUGAUCCGUAGCAUGGUUGAGGAUCUUCCCGACAUCUUGAAAGAAAUUUCUAACCUUGUCACAAACCUGAUAAAUGAGUCCAUUAGAUAUCUGAGAAGAACUGAAAUUAAGGAAAUCAUUCAGCACCUGAACGACUGCCUUGACAAUUUCAUUAAAAGUGUCAAAUCAUUUGACUACAACAAAUUUGUAGAAGAGGCCAACAGGAGAAUCAACAGACUUGAAUUAGAUAUACAUUUCCAGAUUUUUAUGGCAUAUAACAUCCCGGAAAAACUUGAUAUGGCAAGAGAAUUGAUCAACUCUGCUCUCUCAUCUGUAAAAGAGAUUCUUGAUAAUCUAAAAGAAGUCGAAGUUGCAGAUGUGAUUAAUAAUAUACUAAAUGAAAUUGAAGAACAUGUGAAUGACUGUGCAGUCCUCAAGGUUAUUAAGGCAUUUGCAGAGAGCCUACAGGAGAAACUCAUUCAUAUAGACUUCCAAGGGGAAUUUACCAUUCCAGAGUUUUUAAUUCCAGGUGUCUCAAAGAUAGAAGCGAUAACAAUUGACUUUGACGAUAUUAAGGACUUUAUAAGGGAUAUACUUGACUUAAUCAUUAGUAUGACUCCGGUGAGCAUGUUUGAUGCUGAAGAUUACCUUGGCGAUCUUAAAAUUAACUUCCUGCCAGACUUUCCUGAAAUAACACUACCAGAGUUCAAUUUUCAAGAGAUCUCCUUCCCUGAUAUCCCUAAAUUCGUUGCUAAACACCAAUUCACAGAUCUUAAGAUCCCAGAUUUUACACUUCCAGCACUUCCCAGUGAGCUCAUGAUGCCAUGCUUCGGAAAGCUGUAUGGUGAAGUAAAAGUCAACAUACCUAUUUUCAACAUGAGAACUACUGCCGAAUUCUUCAAUUCAACUGAAAGUGCAGAAACCCCACAAUUCUCAGCAACCUUGCACUCACUAGGAUCAUCUGAAUAUGAAUUUCUAAAAUACACCUUGGAUUCCACAGCUCGCUUUGCUGUCCCUAAAAUGAGGCGUGUGGUUUUUGCUGAGACUCUGAAGAUCACUCAUAGUGUCGUAGCCGUUGAACAUCACGCAUCAGUGACACUCUAUGGCUUAUCAGCCCAGACUAUAGCCAAGAGCAGUGUGAAGAUAAUGACUGCACCAUAUACGGCUAAUUUUCUUAAUACUGUACACUUCGUCCUGGGGGAUGGAAUGGCAGCAAGUUUGAAAACUACCUAUGAUGACAAGAUAAACAUUCCUCUGCUCUUACUGAUCAGUCAGCAUUCUCAUACUAAUGAGAUAACUGCUCGCCAAGAUGGUCUAAAUAUUGUUCUGAACUUUAAAGACGAAGGAAAAUACGAAACUGAUCCCUCUGAUGUAAUGACCUACAAGGAAGCUCUGAGUAUUACUAUGAAUCCAUUGAAAGUCACGGUAACCUAUUCUGGAGAUGCAGACACGGAAUAUUGGAAGUACAAGGAGACACUAAAUGCUGAAGCUGUUGCCCUGAGCAGCAUUGACUUUAAUAGCCAUAUUGAAUUGGUUUCUGAAUCUGGGUCCUUUAUCUUGUUGGAUGCUGUAGGAAAGGCUCAUCUCAGUGAAAUGAAUGUGGAGCUGAUGGUAACCCAUGACUCAAAGCUUAAUGGAUUACUCGGUGGAACCUUUUACAAUGCCUUCAACUUCUUUUUGAAUCCCACUAAGGUUGAACUUAAUUUCCAGAACAAGGCCAAUGGCAAGGUUAGCAGCUCAGAGUUAGAUUGGUCAGCCAAGUUGGAUUUCGUAAAUAAUUAUACUAUGUUGCUAAAUAGUGACGUGCAGCAAAUAAGCAAUGUGGCACUUGUCCGCUUCAACCAGUGCAAGUACAGUCACAACUUCACAUUUGAAAACAACAAGGCUGAAGCUGGCUUUUAUGCCGCAGCGAACGGAGAUGUCGAUCUAGAAUUCCUAACCAUCCCAUUUAGCAUUCCAUCUAUUCCGCUCGAUACACCAUUCAUCGAUUUCACAACUCCAGAGAUCAGAGAUAUUAACUUAUAUGAGCAUACUGGCCUUAAGAACUUCUUGACAACUUAUGACCAGUCCGUUGAUGUGGAUGCAAAGAUUGUCUACCAGAAGAGCAAAACUGCACCCAUAAUUCAAACUGAUCUCAUUAAUGUACCUUCUCUUGGAAAUCUGAUCUCUGAGCUGUCUUUCAAGUCCCCUAUAUUCAACCUUAAUACUAAUGCUGGUAUCUAUGGGGAGAAUAACCUUGUGAUUCGCUUUGGUGCUAUCUCUACCUCAGUAUUUGAGGCACUGAAGGCCAAGCUUGAAGGAACCAGCAGCUUAAGCACCAAAAGUGGAUUAAAAUUAGCCACUGCUGUGGUUCUGGAAAAUCCCCACAUUAAAGGAACUCAUAACAGCGUUGCCACUAUGAACACAAAUAACUUUGAAGCAGUAAUGACAGUGACCACAUCUGCAGAUAUUAACCUACCUGUUCUUACAACUAAAGCUAACCACAAACUUGUUGCUGACAACACAGCACAUCCAAAGGCAGAAUCAACUUUGAACAUGGAGUAUACUUUUGACAUUACGGUUAUUAAGCUUGUCGGAGAUGCUAAAAACACACUGAAAUUUGAAAGCACUUCAACUUAUAUCUCUGCUGAGACUGCCACAAAUAGCAAAAUAGCAGGAACAUUCCUAGAUGGUGGCACCUUGAACGGUACUCUAAAUAAUGAGGAAUCAAUUUACAUUAAUAGUGAUAGUUUGCGAUCCAAUCUGAAGACAUCCGGCAAUGCCAACUUAAAUUAUGGAGAUUUCAAGCUGGAAUAUGAUCUGGAUGAAAGCAUGGCCUUGGAGGGAGCUAUUCAUCGUUUAUAUGCUCUGCUGAAACAUUCUUCCAACAACGAAGUACAUAUGGGAGACCUCAACACAAAGGGAAAGCAUACUGCCCAAGCUACAAUUGAUCUGGAUCUUCAUAAGUCACUGGCGGCUGAUGUAAAAAUUGACAUGGCUCAACCAAGUACCUUUGGUAACAUGGGCAUCUUUAAGGCGUUGGUAAUGGAGCUCACUGUACCCAAACAGAAAAUCGAUUGCAUCUCAAAGGUUGUCUCUCCAGUAUAUACCAUGGAUGCUGUUGCUAAACUAAAUGCCAAUGCCCCAGUCGUCAAAGCUGUUUUCAAGGCUACAACUACUUCACCAGUUGUGUUCCUGGAGUAUGAUCUUGACAGUUCCAUGAGUACUGAAAUGGACAAUGAUGCCCUGAAUGUUCAAGCUAAGGCUGUACUAAAAUAUGGAGACUUCACUAUGGACUUCAGCAAUGUUAUAAGCAUGAGUGAUCCAAGCCAUACCCUGAAUGUGGACAUCACUAGUCCAACAUUCACUGACGUAAAUGUUAGCUAUGCUGUUCGAAAAGAUGGGGCAACUGCCUCAGUUUCCACACCAUCAGCUGGUUACCUUGGUCUACAGCUUCAGGGAACAAGUCCAUCCCAGAUGACUGCAAGGCUCUAUAGCCGUUAUGCUUCUGGCCCACAAGAUGACAUUGAAAUUCUGGAACUCAGAGCAGGGCUGGUGGGAGAUGAUAAAAUGGGUCUGUCAGCCACCUACAAUUCAGAUGCUCCACGUGACAUGCUUGCAGGCCUGAAGGAGAGACUGCCGGCCAUCUUUACUAGUGUUAAAGAGUUUGCUGAAAAGUAUGGCAUCCUUGAAACAGUUGAAAUACUGAAGAAAACCAUUGUUAAUAUCUGUAAUGACGCCUACGUUGCUGCUUCUAGCCAUGCCCCAGAGCUUAGUCAAGUAUCUGUUCUUUAUAAAAAUGUAGUCGUCCAGCUGCAACAGACCACCGAGACCUUGUUCGAUGAAGUCAUCAAGUUUCUGGAAGAGACUCGAUUCGCAAUGCCUGGAAUGGAUGAGACUACACUGCCUGAAAUCUGCAGAAAACUCUGUUUGCAAAUUGGAAGAGCAGUUAAGGAAUUCAUCACAGUUUUCACUGACUUCUUGGAGGAGUACUUCUUUCCCAUGUUUGAAAGCAGCGGCACAGUCGAACUCGCAUUUCCUUCCGGACCGGUUAUAACUGUAAAAGAGAUUCUAGACGUCGUGAGAGAAAUUCCGAAAAUUCUCAAAUAUCAAGUUGAAAGUAUUUUAAGGGUAAUGGAGACCCCUGAUGCCUGUAUUGUGAUGUUUAGGAACAUCUAUCAAGAGGUUGUUGAAUUGACAGAAAGAAUUUUUGACGGAAUAGACUCUGAGAACCUUGAAGUUAUUGCUGCUUCCCUCAACACCUACUAUACCGAUGCAGUCUCUGCGGUCAAGAGACUGGUGGACAACCUUGAGACUAUGCCGAUAUAUGAGCAGUACAGUGCUGUGUUUGAGCAAUAUGUUGUGCCCUUCUAUGAAGCCAUUCUUAAGCUGCUCACUGAUAUAAUGAGUUCCCUUGCCACUGAUGGCGAGACAAUGGUUAAAUUUAGUGAUGGGAAACUGGAAAUUGAGAUUCCUUACCCCUUUAUUCAGUAAAAUGGAACUGUGAAUGAAUGAAACACUACCACUUGUAAAGAACAUCAUUAAAAGACCAUUUUAGGCAAAUGGACACUAAACUGAAGUGUAAUACCAACAUGUAUAUAAAUAAAUAUUAUACCUGACACUUUA